GCCUCGGAAGCGCCGUCAAUCCGCGUCAAUUGGCCCGGCAGGACUGAAAAAUUGCAGCACGACGGGCUCAUCGUCGAGUUUCGGGUGCUGGGCCUGCCAAUGCCAUGCCAUGCGGGAUGGGGUAGCAUCAGGUCAGUUGAUUGUGCUAUUGGAUGCUAAAUGUCCGGGCGAAAUGGGCUGUCGAAGCCGGACGUAGCGGGUACUCGCCUGGUGCAGUGGCCGGCGCGCAGCUCCAGGUUCCCAAGACUUCCCCGGCGCUUGGGAUGGUGGUCAGGGCGGGUCGGCGAACCCCUGACGCUAUAUUUUAUGCUCCAAGCACUACUGUGCAUUCUGUCAGUAGGGACUACGGUACUGGAUAUACGUGUGAGUGGGCGCAAAGUUGACCGCUGGCCCGGGGUUCAAUCAAUGCAUCUGCCUUCUGUAAUCAUCGCUAGCGUCAUGCAGCGCCGUGCCUCUGGCGAUGACCACAUGCCAUACAGAGUUGGUGGUGGCAUACAAGUACUGUAAGACUAAUAUAAACAUCGUCAACAGCCGUCAUGCUUCAGCGCUCAACUUCCUGCAUGAGAAACUCUCAACUUGG